ACGCCAUGACCGUUUUCAAAAAGUAGAGAGAGAGAGAGAGAGAGAGACAGAGUGUGUGUCUGAAACCAAAUGAAGCCACAUCACUCCUCUCUGCUCUGAAACCUUUCAAUCAAUCUCUACACAUCCACUUACCAAUUCCUUAAUCACUCACUAGUCACUCGCUGCAUUCCUUCAUUCGUUGCCCAGAGGAUAUAGGAUCCGAGGCCACUUGUUUGGAGGGUUAUGUUAUAGCUUUUGCAGAGAGCGUCGGGUUUAGCAUGCAGCUUGGCUCCAGUCAAAGGUAGGAGCGUCCGACAAGGAGAGCCACACCAUUACAAUAAACCCUUCAAGCACAGAGAUAUGAGGAAGCUGAAGCAGCAGCAGCAGCAGCAGCAGCUGGGUGAGCAAGAAGAAUCUCAGAAGAAGGAGCGUCAUAUUGUGACGUGGACUCAAGAGGAAGAUGAUAUAUUGAGGAAGCAGAUAAGCAUCCAUGGAACUGAAAAUUGGGCAAUUAUUGCAUCUAACUUCAACGACAAAACGACAAGACAGUGCAGAAGAAGAUGGUACACUUACUUGAACUCUGAUUUCAAGAAAGGAGGAUGGUCACCGGAGGAAGACUUGCUCUUAUGUGAGGCUCAGAAAAUAUUUGGUAACAGAUGGACAGAAAUAGCAAAGGUGGUUUCAGGCAGAACUGAUAAUGCUGUGAAAAAUCGUUUCUCCACUCUUUGCAAGAAGAGAGCAAAAUUUGAAGCCUUGGCAAAAGAGAAUAGCACUUCGUUCACUAAUUCAAAUAACAAAAGGACUAUUUUCCAACAGGGUGAUAACAGAGAGUCAACAUCAGAGGCUGCAGCACCUACUAAGAAGAUGAGGAGAGCCCAUAUCCCUGACGCUGCAGAAAAGAUCAACUUCGGAGAUAGAUCCCAUAAGCAAUAUGAAGCAACAAUAAAACAGCAGUCAAGAGCACUGUUUUCGAUUUUGGGUCAGAAUUUGCCAGGUCAGCAUGAAUCUUCCAGUGCCAAGAUCAGCAGUGAUGCCCAUAAUUGCAAGACUCAAGGAACAUUUCUUAAAGAGGAUGAUCCAAAGAUAAGCGUGAUAAUGCAACAGGCGGAGUUAUUAAGUUCACUAGCUCUAAAAGUUAAUACAGAUGAUGUGGGCCAGAGUCUUGAAGACGCAUGGAAGGUUCUUCAAGAGUUUCUGAACCAAACCAAAGAAUCAGAUAUUCUUAAAUAUAAGAUUUCAGAUUUACAGCUCGUAGAUCUUAAAGACAUUAUGGAGGAAUUUAAGAGUAGUAAUGAGGGGAGCCAGCAAUGUUGGAGGCAACCAGAACUAUAUGAAGACUCUCCAAGCAGUUCUGAAUACAGUACAGGAUCAACUCUUCUGCCCCAUUCAGCAAGUGAUAAUCUGGAACACUCUCUGCUUCAGGAUAUUGGAACUGACCUAAAGCCUAUCCAACUUGGAGAUCAAAAAAGAGUUAGUGAACGUGGGAAAGAAGAUCUCUCUUCUGCAACUAUGGGUCAAGUGGCAGAUAUCUUCCCAUCUUGUGAGGAACAAAUAAGCAAUGAUGGCAUUGCUUCUACCUCAUCAAGCACAGAGUUCAAUUCCCCAAUUCAAGUUACCCCUAUGUUCAGAUCUUUGGCUGCAGGAAUUCCCAGCCCCCAGUUUUCAGAAAGUGAAAGGAACUUCCUAAUGAAAACGCUUGGAAUGGAGUCCCCAUCCAUGAACGCCGGUGCCAACCCCUCACAGCCACCACCUUGCAAAAGAGCCCUACUACACAGUCUAUAAUCUAAUCCCUCUAUUCAGUUGGUAAUGGACAAAUCAACACUCCCUUUCCCCUUCUAGGUUCCUUUCUCCCUACCCUUUGCAAUUCGGACUGAGUUCUUUGCUUGGUUUUGAGAUGAGAUCCAUCAGAUUGCAACCUUAUGGUCUUAAUGAUCCUAAAAUUUUGAAGGCACCAUCCUCUUCCCCUCCCCAAGAAUGCUCUGGUGCGUUCUUGUGAAAAUUAGACAUAUCUAACAAUGUCAUUCCUCCAUACCCCACCAGUCAGACUUACCUUUUCUUUGGUAGUUGCACUAAAAACUAGUUUGCUUAGUGUGUGAUUAUUUGGCUUGUUUUUCUCUUGAUACCAUUCUGGGUUUGUUUUGGUUCAAUCCAGCUCUUGGUCAUGAUUUGUUUUUUUGUACAGAGUCUGCUAUGUAAGCAGCAUUCAUCCUGAGUGUGUAUACACCGGCUCAUCGCCUAUCCUAUUCAAUAUAUGAACAGAAACAGAAAUAGAAGAGAGAGAAAAAAUUAACCAAUGGCAAAUUGGAUUCCUAUUUGUUGUUUUGGGUGUGCAUAAAGUAUAGAAUAAUAUAUAUUUGGAUUUUGAUGUACUGAAACCUCAUAACAGUUGGAGUGGAAAUGCAUUUUGGUUUUUGGCGUGCA